UACAACGCCGCCACAUUUUACAACCUAUGCAUCCAGAAAUCAACUGGGGAACAUCCCCUCUUCUGUCUUCUUCUCUCACUAGUCACGACCGCAGUUUCAGUUUCAAAAACUGCAGAUUUUGAAGCCAACCGUAAACCAUGCAACCCACCAUGGAUAAGAAUCUCUCCCACUACUUAACACUUCAAACUGUUCAUAAAUUGCCACGCACACAUACCCUUAUACACGCGUCCAUCUUCUGGGACACGUUCUUCCCCUCAAUUCUCUUCCACCUUUCUCUUAUAAGUGCAAUUCGAACUCCCAAAACUAAUCUCUCUCUCUCUCUCUCUCUCUGCAAUUAAAUGGCGAAGAGGAGAAAUCUGAGUUCGAAAUUUUUGUUUUCCAUUGUCAUUGCCAUUAUUUUCUCAUGGUAUGUUCCUGAUGCUGCUGCAAUUAGAGGGUCUAAAGAUGUUGUAUCGGGUUCUGGUGCUGCAACCCUGGUCACGAAAGAAGAUAGGAAAACCCUCGUUAGGACGGAUUCCGGUGUGAUUACAUCUGUUGAAAUCGGUGAUGGCACCCGAAAGCCCCACCAACUUCAGUCCAUCACCUUGGACCCCAAUUCUCUCUUACUUCCUGUACUUUUGCAUUCAGACAUGGUUUUCUAUGUACAUACAGGGAGUGGUAGCAUGAGUUGGGUUGGUGAGGAUGGAAGGUAUGAGACACUGGUGAAGCGAGGUGAUAUCUAUUGGAUUCCUGAGGGUUCUCUGUUCUUCGCUCGAAGUAGCUUGGAGUCCACAAGGGAGAGACUCAGGAUUUAUGCUAUCUUCACUGAUACAAAUGACCAAAACCCAUAUGAGCCUUAUAUCGGGCCUUACUCCAUGCUGAGCGAUCUGGUGCUGGGCUUUGAUGACAAAACCCUCCAAUUGGCUUUCCGGGUUCCUCAAGAAGUGAUAGAAGAGAUAUCGAGUGGGACCAAGCCUCCGGCGAUCGUGCAUGCAACAUUCAGGAAUGAAACAGAGGAGUCGGAGGAGGACAGAGGAGACUGGAGAGCUGGGAUAAUUGAGGCCCUUAUAGGACCUGAGCCCCAAGAACUCGACAACGACAAGAAGAUGCCGAAGCAGGCCAAGACCUUCAAUAUCUUCACUGAGAAGCCCGACUAUGAGAAUUGCAAUGGCUGGAGUUUGGAGGUGAACCCCAAGAAGACGAAAGCCUUGAAAGGUUCCAAUGUUGGGGUUUACAUGGUGAACUUAACUAAGGGUUCAAUGAUGGCGCCUCAUUGGAAUCCAAGGGCAACAGAGAUAGCUAUUGUGACCCACGGGCAAGGGAUGAUUCACGUUGUCUGCCCUAGCAAUGCAAAUGAGACGGAGUGCAAGAACACGAGGUUUAGGGUCAGCGAGGGAGACGUCUUUGUUGUUUCAAGAUUCCACCCAAUGGCCCAGAUUUCCUUCAACAACGACACGUUUGUGUUCAUGGGUUUUAGUACAAUGGCAGCAAAGAAUUACCCUCAAUUCCUAGCGGGGAAGAGCUCCGUACUUCGAACAUUGGACAGAGAGAUACUGGCCACGGCAUUUAAUGUUCCUAACACGACGAUUGAUCAGUUGUUAGCUUCGCAGGUGGACUCCGUCAUACUGGAGUGCACAUCUUGCGCCGAGGAAGAAGAGGCGGCGAUGGAGGAGGAGAUCGAGAAGGAAAGGCAACAGGAGGAAGAGGAGGAGGCUAGAAGGAGAGAAGAGGAAGAAGAAGAAAGGAAGAGAAGGGAGGAAGAGGAGGAAGAGGCUAGGAGUAGAGAAGAGGAGGAGGAAGAGGCCAGGAGGAGGGAAGAGGAGGCAAGAAGACAAGAAGAGGAAGCAGAGGAGGCCAGGAGGGAGGAAGAAGAGAAGGAAGCCAGGAGGAGCGAAGAGGAGGCAAGAAGACAAGAAGAGGAAGAAGAGGAAGCAAGGACAGAGAAAGAAGAUCUGGAAGCCAGGAGAGAAGAGGAGGCAAGAAGACAAGAGGAGGAAGAGGCAAUGAGAGAGGAAGAAGAGAGGCAACAGGAACGAGCUCAUCGUAGGCAGGAAGCCAAAGAAGCAGCUAGACGCAGAGAGGAAGAAGAAGCUGGGAGGAGGCCGGAAAGGCGAAAGAGGUGGAGCGAGGAAGAAGAGGCAAGAAGGCAAGAAGAAGAGAGGCAAAGAAGAACGAGGGAGGAGUGGGAAGGUGACGGUGAAGGUGAAGGUGAAGGUGAAGACGAAGACGGAGAGGAGGUCAGAAGACUCUUGAAGAGUAAGUGGAGGUUCUGAUGUGAUCUUGCAACUCAAAACGAUGUCCUUCGUUUUUGUAAAUAUCUAACCACAUGGAACGUAAUCCCAUGCUCUGUUUUAAAAUUCAAGCUUCCUCUAAUGGUUUGAGCCAAUCUGAGUCGAGUUCCGUUUUUGCUUUAAUGCAAAUAUCUAAUCUAAUGUCAAUAAUAUGAUGACGAGUGGAAAGGAUGGUUUUACGACC